UGCAGCUGAGCAACCGUGCAGCCGUCUCCCGCGAGGUGGGCAGCGAGGUCAGCCUGGCAGCCGCUGCCUCCCUCUAGCCCCGAUCUGGCCACAGGCAGCCGCUGCCCCGGGACCCAGCGAGGGAUGGCCGACCAGGAAGCCAGUGGGCUGCAGGUCCUGCUGCGCACGCUUCAGAGGUCCUCUGAUAAGGAGUCCAUCCUGACCAUCCUCCAGGUCCUCGGAGAUCUUCUUUCUGUUGGCACUGACCGAAGGAUUCGCUACAUGAUCAGUAAAGGGGGCAGCGAGGCGCUUCUGCAGACCCUGGUGGACACAGCCAGGUCAGCUUCUCCAGACUACGAUGUCCUGCUGCCCCUCUUCCGGCUGCUGGCCAAAGUGGGCCUACGAGAUAAAAAGUUUGGACAGAAGGCCCUGGAAUUAGAAGCACUUGAUGUGACAUUGAUUCUGGCCAGGAAAAACCUGUCCCACAGCCAGAACCUCCUUCACUGUCUCUGGGCUCUGCGUGUGUUCGCCUCUAGUGUCACCACGGGAGCCAUGCUGGGAAUUAAUGGAGCCAUGGAACUGCUUUUCAAGGUCAUCACCCCUUAUACCCAGAAGCGCACCCGAAUAAUCAGGGCAGCCGCUGAAGUCCUGGCAGUACUGCUGGAAUCCAAGUCCAACAGCCGCAGGGCCGUGAACAGAGGCUACGUCGCCAGCUUGCUCAGGCUGCAUCUGGACUGGCACCACCGGGACACCGCCAAUGCCCACGUGUGGAUCCGCCGGGCGCUGCUGCUCUGCCUCAGGCACAUUGCCAACCUCCGGUCUGGCAGGGAGGCCUUCCUGGCAGCCCAGGGCAUGGAGAUCCUCUUCAGCUCCGCCCAGAACCGCCUGGACGACAAACGCUUGGAGCCUGUCAUCUCCGUCGUGAUUCAGAUCCUGAGGCAGUGUUACCCAAGGAGCCCGCUUCCCUUGGUCACAUCCACCAGCACGUAUGCCUUCCCCGUCCCGGGAAGCAUCCCCCCUGAGCCUCCGUGUGCUCUAACUGAAGAGGAUUUUGAAGAUGAUGCUGAUGAAGAAGUGGAUAAAGAUUCAGACUCUGAAGAUACGAAAGAGCAAGAUGAUGACUUGGAAACAGAUGUGAACAAGCUGAGAACCAAACCUGGUCUUGACCGACCCGAAGAAGAGCUGAGGCAGUAUGAGGCCAUGUGUCUGGAGCUCUCCUGCAGCUUCGAGGAACUUGAGUCUAAACCUGGAGAUAAUUUGAACUUUGAAGAGACUCAGGAUGCCGAGCACUACCACAUUCCGCCUGUGACCUCCGCAAAGCAGCAUUAUUUGACUAAGGACCAAAGCUUCUGGGGGCAAGAAAGAGAAGACAUGGUCCAGACAUCUCUUCUGAGCAUGGUGAAGAUGGGAAGGUCCACCAUGCAUCCAGCCUCCAAAAGAGGCCCUGGGAUGAAUGCAUACCAAAAUAUGCAGUCAAAUGGUCUUGGGAUAGAUUCUUCUCGAAGAGAAGUCCCUGACAUUCAAGCUUCCCUUAAACAGGAAUCUUGGGACAUAGACGUGAUUUCCUGCCCAAUGAUGAGUGUCUCCCUCUCCAAUUCUGCUAGGCCUACAGAAACUGCUGAAGUAAUAGAUAAGCUUCUGCAGACACAUCCCAAGCAUAUCCCCUUCCAUGACCCCCAUCUUUAUAUGGCCAAAGCCAGAAGAACCAGAUCUGUGGCUGACUUCAAGAGGAUGGCAUUUCCUGACCUCUGGGGUCACCGUCCACCUCCCUCUGCUCAGUCCAUGCUGGAACGCAAAUGUGGAGUCCAGAGGAUCAAGAUAUUUGAGGAUGUCCGGAGGCUCAUUCAGCCAAGUGAUGUUAUAAAUAAAGUUGUCUUCAGCUUAGAUGAGCCUUGGCCUUUGCAAGACACCGCUUCCGACUGCUUGCGGUUCUCCUCCAAGUUCGAGUCAGGAAAUCUGCGCAAAGCCAUCCGAGUGCGCGAGCGGGAGUACGACUUGCUGGUCAACACCGAUGUGAACAGCAGCCAGCACCAGCAGUGGUUCUACUUCCAGGUGAGCGGCAUGAGGGCGGCCGUCCCUUACCGCUUCAACGUCAUCAACUGUGAGAAGCCCAACAGCCAGUUUAAUUACGGGAUGCAGCCCACUGUGUAUUCUGUGAAGGAGGCUCUUCUGGGCAGACCCACCUGGAUACGGAUGGGCUAUGAAAUCUGUUAUUACAAGAAUCAUUAUCGCCAGCGUGCAGCUGUCACGGGAGGAGCAUCUGAGAAGUGUUUUUACACCCUCACCUUUGUGGUCACCUUCCCGCACAAUGAGGAUGCCUGCUACCUGGCCUACCACUAUCCCUACACCUACACAGCCCUCCUGACUCACCUUGACACCCUGGAAAGAAGUGUGAACCCCAAGCAAGUCUACUUCCGCCAGGACGUUCUCUGCCAGACGCUGGGAGGGAAUUCGUGUCCACUGGUGACCAUCACGGCCACGCCCGAGUCCAAUAGCGCUGAGCACCUGGAGCAGUUCC